GAAAUUCAAGUCUUGCUUCACGUUCUGCAUAAUUACAUAAUUAUGUUUUUAUUAUUAUGUCUAAUUAAAUAAUUCGAUGUGUUGUAUUGUUGUUCGAGGCAUGAACCAGGAAUUUUUGCAAUAUGAUGAACAAAAGUACUGAAGCUUUAUCGUUGGGGAACUCGGUAUUAGAAAUGGAGAUACAAAAUUCCAAUAUAUCACAAAAGAAGAAAAGUAAAGUACAAAUUGUAGCCCAUUGGGACCAAACUAAAACUCGCGCUUUUGCGAUUUUUGCAGUAAUUUUUUUGGUAUGGGCCGCUGUGUUUUUUCCAUUUUUUCUUCAUUAAAAGACAAACUUAUGCACCAGAACUUUGUAUUUUACAUAAGAAUUAUUGUAUAAAAUAAAAAUAUAACUUCUACAUUAAAAAUGGCUUCGUGAGUAUUUCAGAUUCUUGUUGCUUGUGGAGCUUACCAAUUCCGACAGCUGGAAUAGGAUUAUUGUAUAAAAUAAAAAUAUAACUUCUACAUUAAAAAUGGCUUCGUGAGUAUUUCAGAUUCUUGUUGCUUGUGGAGCUUACCAAUUCCGACAGCUGGAAUAGGCAGAGUUGGACGACCGCAA